AUGCCUAAAGUCUUAGUGCCAGAGGGGGGUCCACAGAAGACCGAUGCCAAGAUGAGAGCCUUCGCGGAGGAGGUCUUUGCGUCUGAGACCAAAGACGAGAGCGUCCGCGAUGAGAUCUCCAUGUUUGACGUGGCUGAAGACUGUCCCAUUAUCCACACUGAGAUGGCCUUCCAUCUGCACACUGACGAUAAUGCUGAGAAACGCAAGAGGCUCCAGCGUUGCCGCACCGUUGGCUUGCCCACAGUUCCUGGAAAGGAGGCUGCUGCCCCUGUGGAAGUGGCGACCCCCACCUACCUGGAUGUGCCUGACUUCCAGAGGGUGGCCAUCAUUGGAGACUACGCCUCUGGGGUGACCAUGGACGACUUUGAGCUGUCCUGUAAGGGUCUGUACCGCGCCCUGACCAUCAGGGAGAAGUACAUGAGGCUGGCCUAUCAGCGCUUCCCACGCACGGCCUCCCAGUACAUGCGUGAAAUGGAAGGGGAGAGCUUCAAACCUGAGGACCAGGUGCAGCCAGUCUUCACUCCGCUUCCCGAGAAUGGAGGUGACCCCUUUGACACAAAGGAGCUGCCGAAGAAUCUUGGCUACGUAGCUCGUAUGAAGGACGGCGUCAUCUACGUGUACAACGACGCCGCGGCUGCAGACAAGCACCAGCCCAAGGAUCUGCCCUGCGCUGACUACGAGACCUUUAUCGAUGACAUGAACUUCCUCAUCGCUCUCAUUGCACAGGGCCCGACGAAGACUUACACUCACCGCCGCCUCAAGUUCCUCAUGUCCAAGUUCAACGUGCACGAGAUGCUGAAUGAGAUGGAGGAGAUGAGGGAGCUGAAGCUGAACCCCCACAGGGACUUCUACAACUGUAGGAAGGUUGACACCCACAUCCACGCCGCCGCCUGCAUGAACCAGAAGCACCUGCUGCGCUUCAUCAAGAGGUCUUAUCGUGUGGACGCCGAACGCGUCGUGCACAAGCUCAACGGCCGGGAGGUCACCAUGAAGGAGCUCUUCCAGUCCCUCAACCUGCACCCCUAUGACCUCACCGUGGACUCUCUGGAUGUGCACGCUGGGAGACAAACCUUCCAGCGUUUCGACAAGUUCAAUGCCAAGUACAACCCUGUGGGAGCCAGCGAGCUGCGUGACCUGUACAUGAAGACAGAGAACCACAUCAAUGGAGAGUACUUUGCCACCAUCAUCAAGGAAGUAGCCAGUGACCUGGAGGAUGCCAAGUACCAGUUCGCCGAGCCUCGUCUCUCCAUCUACGGCUGCAAGCCCGACGAGUGGAGCAAGCUGGCCGGCUGGUUCGUCAGGCACAGAGUCUUCUCCCCCCACCUCAAGUGGAUGAUUCAAGUGCCCAGGAUCUACGAUAUCUUCAGAGCCAGGGACUUCGUGCCCCAUUUUGGCAAGAUGUUGGAGAACAUUUUCCUCCCUGUGUUCCAGGCCACCAUCGACCCGCAGUCCAACCCCGACCUCAGCAUCUUCCUCAAGCAUGUGACAGGUUUCGACAGUGUGGACGAUGAAUCCAAGCACAGCGGCCACAUGUUCUGCACCAAAAGCCCCAAACCAGAGGAGUGGGACAUCGCCAAGAACCCCUCCUACACCUACUACAUAUACUACAUGUAUGCCAACAUCACAGUGCUCAACCAGCUCCGCAAACAGAGGGGGAUGAACACGUUCAUGUUCAGGCCUCACUGUGGAGAGGCUGGAGCCAUCACCCAUCUGCUGGCUUCCUUCAUGACCGCUGACAACAUCUCUCACGGCCUCAACCUCAAGAAGAGCCCCGUGCUGCAGUACCUGUACUUCCUGACCCAGAUCCCAAUCGCCAUGUCCCCUCUCAGCAACAACAGCCUGUUCCUGGAGUACGCCAAGAACCCGCUGCUGGAGUUCCACAAGAAAGGCCUGGUUGUGUCUCUGUCCACAGAUGACCCCAUGCAGUUCCAUUACACCAAGGAGCCCCUCAUGGAGGAGUACGCCAUCGCCGCCCAGGUCUUCAAGCUCAGCACCUGCGACAUGUGUGAGAUCUCCAGGAGCAGCGUGCUGCAGAGCAGCUUGUCUCAUGAGGAGAAAGUCCUGUACCUGGGUGAGGACUACCUGAAGGAGGGGCCGGAGGGCAACGACAUCCGCAAGACCAACGUGGCCCAGAUCCGUAUGGCGUACCGCUAUGAGACCCUGUGCUACGAGCUCAACCACAUCAAGGAAGGCCUGAAGGCUGAGUAAACAAAAUCACAUCUGUCGUACCACUCGUCUGUAUUGUGAUGUAGAAACAUUUCUAAAUUAGUUUUUCCACCGCGACUCUUAAUCCAGCUAAGAAAGUGACAUUCUGACUAGAAAAGGAUGUUCUUUCCUUUGGGAAAACAUGUUUGUCUGGAUCACAUGUGUCAAACUCAAGGCCCGCGGGCCAAAUUCGGCCCUUGAAUGAAUUAUCUUUGGCCCGCCUGAUAAAAUGUAUUUACUAUAAGAGCUGGCCCGCCGGCAGUGUUGUGCAAGUUCACAUCUCUCAUGGACUAGUUCAAAGUUCAGUUCAUACAAGUAAACAUGAAUAGUUCACGUUCAUAGUUCACCAUUUAAAUUCUGAACUAGUUCAUAGUUCAAAACUGUAUCUAUCACUACCCCUUGCCUUUACUGUCAGAAUCUUUAUCAGACAGUGUGUAAAAAUCCCUCAGAUAAUAUAAGGUGCAUCGGAUGUGGUCGCUGAGUCUGCGUCUCUGCUUUCUCUUGACAUUUUUAUAUGAGGCCGAGAGCUGUUGUCUUGUGUUGCAGGUAUGGCCUGCCCCUAAGACAGUUUGUAGUGUGUGACGUAGUGCACCUGGGUUUUGUGGGAAAAGACGCUAAAAGUGUGUGUAUAACGAGAAGUGACGGACCACCUAGAGGUGAUGCGAGUAUUGCUCCUGCUGUGUAUCCGAGAAAUAAAGUGGCCGCAUUCCAAGUAAAGAAACGUCUCCUCCUCCUUCUUCAUGGAGCGGUCCGGACGGCUGGUUACCGGCCAGACAGCGAGCCAAAAUAACCAGUGAGCUGAGCUCCCAACUAUGGUUGGAGCCAAGACACUGUCCAGAGAAGAAAACACUUGGAAUACGUUGCUUGUUCGGUCUACAUUUAUGUGCGAUGAAUAAUGGGUAACGUAGUGUAUUUAUGUAUCAUUUAUUUCAUUUAUUUCAUAAUUAAUGUUGUUUUAUCGGCAAUACUCUAUAGGCCUUGUUAGUUCCAGGUUCGAUAUGUGCACUAAGGUUCUUUCAAUAAGUUUUCAAUAAACGAUGAACCUGUCUGGCCCUUGACUUGUAGCAAUUUUUUAAUUUCGGCCCACUGUGUAUUUGAGUUUGACAC